AUGGAAUUAGAGUUUUCAGACCCUCCCAUUGAGGUAGUUAACCUUGAGGAGGCUAAGCUAGACCUUCUUUCCACUAAUAUAGAUGAGGAUGUCAUUGUCACAAAUUCUAAACAGCUAUCUGAGUCUGACCGUAGGACAAACGAUGCUGAUUCUUCCUUUAUUUGCAGGUCAAAUCCAUUAGCCGAGUUCACAAUUCAUGGGCUUUGGCCAGAUUAUAAUGACGGGCACUACCCAUCAUGCUGUAGAAACUCUGAUUUUAGUAUUAAGAAGAUCUCAUCUCUUAUGCCAGAGCUUCAGAAACAUUGGCCAUCCUUAAGUUGCGGUUCUCCAUCUCUUUGCCAUGGUGGCAAAGGGUUGUUUUGGGCCCAUGAGUGGGAAAAGCACGGGACAUGCUCAUAUCCUGUUAUAUUAGAUGAAUACAGCUACUUCUCCGUGGCCCUUGAUCUUUAUUUCAAGUAUAACAUUACGAAAAUUCUGAGCAAUGAAGGUAUUUUGGCUAGCAAUGCUGAAACAUAUUCUGUUGAAGACAUCAUUUCUGCAAUCAAGAAAGCUGUUGGGGCACUGCCUCUGUUGGAAUGCAGACGAGGUUCCUUGGAGGAACUUCAACUUUGCUUUGACAAAAAAUUUAAGCCUCGAGACUGCUAUAUUGGCUCUGGCAUCGGAACCAGCAGCACAUUUAGCUCAAGCAAAUCAUGCCCCAGACGCAUUAGCUUACCAACUUACACUCCAUUGGGUAAUGGUCUGAAUGGAGAUGCCAGUUCUGCGAUCAACUGGUUGAUUGAGAAUGAGCCGUUUGUUCCUUUCAAUGUGAUGUAAGAUUUGGAUCUUGAACUCCUUUUAUCAUUAUUAUUGAAUGUGAAAAGGGGGCUCUGUAAAAUACAAAAUUUUUUAUCAUAGAACAGCUCCCCUUUCUCAGCUAAACUAUCAUGGUGUCGACAGUAAAGAUUAACAAAGCCACUUCAGCUUGUAACAAUGAAUGUAUAAGACGACUAGAUUUAAGCAUUUCUUUUGUGGCCAAUCCUGCAGUAGUUACAUUUUCUAGUUGUAAGCUCUGAUAAUCACAAGCGACCUUCUGGGAGUAAAUUUCAAUGAGGGUUGGUUUGUUUGUCUAUUUGUAGCUAAAAAUUGUAUGAAAAAUAUUUUAUUUUUUU